CCACCGGGUAAACAGGGUCACAGGAUGAACAUGCGAAUGUGGAUGCCGAAGGCCUUUAUCCCUUUCCUGACCUCGACGCCACCAUACCACUCGAUCGCCGUCUCCCCUUAACGGUUUGCCGGUCGUCGGCGCUGUAGCUCGCCUCAUAUCUGCGACGGAGGAUUAGGGUUUAAGGUUGUGAUCUUCAUGGAUUCAUCUGACCCGUCGCCGGAUUCGCCACGGCCACAACCGCGGAGCUCGGUUCUGGACUCGGACGCCACGUCGAUCGCGCGGCAGCCGCAAUCGAGGAGCUCGCAUCCGGACGCGGCGCGAGGCUUUCGGCAGCCGCCAACGAGGAACCCUCAAGCUCGCCCGUCCUCCGGCGACGGUUUAGCUCUCGGAGUUCCGUUGCUCCUUUUUCUCGGAUCCGUAGCGGUAUUGUUGCUCUCAUCAGCAAAUUCAGACUCUAGUUUGUCCAUGUUGCACCAAGUCCCAGAAGGUCAUGUCGGUGUAUACUGGAGAGGUGGUGCCCUUUUGGAAACCACUACCAAUCCAGGUUUUCAUUGGAAGUUGCCUCUUGUUACCCACUAUGAACCCAUACAAGUAACCAUUCAGACUGAUCAGGUAAGGGAUAUUCCAUGUGGUACUAAGGGUGGUGUCAUGAUCAGCUUCGAUAAAAUAGAGGUUGUCAAUCGGCUCCGUAAAGAAUACGUGCACAGGACUUUGCUUGAAUAUGGCGUUAACUAUGACAAGACAUGGAUAUAUGACAAGAUCCAUCACGAAAUUAAUCAGUUUUGCAGUGCUCAUGCUCUGCAACAAGUUUAUAUUGACAUGUUUGACCAGAUUGAUGAGAAAGUGAAAGAUGCUAUUCAAGCUGAUUGUACACGUUAUGCACCGGGGAUUGAGAUAAUUAGUGUUCGAGUUACAAAGCCAAACAUCCCACUGAGCAUCAAAAAGAAUUUUGAACUAAUGGAGGAAGAACGCACAAAGGCAUUCAUAGCCAUAGAGAAACAGAAGGUGGCAGAGAAGGAGGCUGAGACACAGAAAAAGAUAGCCUUGUCAGAAGCAGAGAAGAUUGCUCAGGUCAGCCAGAUUCAAAUGGAGCAGAAGUUGAUGGAAAAAAACAGUGCAAAGAGGCAGGAAGAAAUUGAGAAUGACAUGUACCUUGCUCGUGAGAAGGCCCAAGCAGAUGCUAACUUCUAUAGAGUGACUAAGGAAGCUGAAGCGAAUAGAUUGAAACUGACACCAGAAUAUCUUCAGCUCAAGUUUAUCGAAUCCAUUGCAAAUAAUUCAAAGAUUUUCUUUGGAGACAAGGUGCCAAAUAUGAUAGUGGAUCAGAGAAUGCUUGGUACCUUUCUCAAUGGUAUUUCGAAGAAAGAUCACUCGGAUACAUAAUGGUGGUGAAUCCUAUGUUUGAUAUAUUCAGAACUUCUCAUAAUAGGUUUGAUAUUCAGGAUUUCUAAGUUCGAAUGAUGAUGCAGUAAGAGAGUUGGAAGAAAUUAUAAUCAAUGUUUUGCUUCAGAUUUUUGAAUGCUUUCGUUCUAUUUCCUUUUGGUUUUUAAUGUCAUUAAAUUUGUAAUAGACUUCUGUUAUGCCCUUGUUUUCUCAUGGUUAUCGAUGUCAGUUUUCUGAUUGUCUGA